ACAAUAUUUAUAAAUUUGUCACUUAUUUUUCCUGAUUAGAAUUUAUAAGUCAAAUAUCAUAUAAAUGUAUUUUUAUUUAGUGAAUAUCUUCGUACAAUCAGAGAUAUGGAACAUUAAGAUAUAAUUUCUUAUACGGCGAAAUAACGAUUAUUAAACGAAAUAUAUUAGUUUUAUAAAUUUGAUACUAAUAUUCGAUGCCGAAUUUUCUGUAUAAUAUGCAACAAGCUAUUGAAUCAGUAAUCGAGAAUACAAUUUUUUGAUGAAUCUGCUAUCGAGGACCCGAAAAGAGCUUUCGAGUGGAGCCAGGGUGCAAGGUGAUAUUGGCGGCGGCGACGGUAACUCGAGCGGAUAUCGUGCGACGACGGGACAGAUAUUCGUCUGGGACAGAUCUCCGGAUGAGCGCGGAAAGAAGCGAGCAGCGACCGGCGCGAUGUCACGUCGUCGGCAUCGGUGCGCAUGUGCGCGGAUUACACUUGACGGGCUCAAAAAAUCAAUGACCUCGCCGACGCGCCGCUCUCGCGAAAUAGCGUGCUACGUCGUCGUCAUCGUCGCCGCCGGUGCUCGAACGAGAGUAACACGCGCGAACGUCGACCCUCCUCCUGGGCGAUCUCGGACGCACAGGAGGAUCGGGACGCGCGCGCGCGCGCGCCAGAGAGAUCGGCGUCGCGACGCACCCCGCGCCGCAGCAGAGUUCGGCAACGCCAGCCGAAUGUUGCACGCGGGGAAAGGAGGGCGGAGGGGAGGAAGGCGCAAGAACGCGGUGAGAGGAGAAGAGAAAAUGGCCGCGGCGGCGGCGGCGGCGGCGGUGGCGGUGGUGCGCGGCGAGCGAGGGUGCAGCUCGGAUGGCGGCGCUAGUGUAAGACGGCCGAACACGGCCGAAUAGCGGUACGCGCGGCGAAACCAGCCGGGCAACCUCCGCCGCCGCUCGGCUCGGCGCUGCUGCUCCGGCGCUCAGUUCGUGUCCUCUCGCAGAGCACGACGGUCGCCGUCGCGUAGGUCGGCGUGGUAGGUCCUGCGUUCGCGUCUCGCGGAACAGAAACUGAACACGAGAGCGAGAGGAAACCGAAAAAGGGGGAAUGAAAACAGGGACGCGCAGAGAGGUGUAAGACCUAAGAAAGGGAAAGAAGAGAGAAAAAAGUGUGACUCCGAUAAACAAACGUUUUCGCGACGGGACUGUACACGCAGUCUCUGUUUUCCUUUUUUUUCGUCCGAGUCUCGCCGGAGUCUCGAGGAACGCGAAGGAGCGCUCCGCUGAGAGGGUGUCCCGUUUUAUCCGGAGUCGCGCGGAGUGAGGAGCAGUCUGCAGUGUGAAAGUGGUGAAUAAUCCAGUAUAGUGCGCGACGACGUCGUCGUGGAUACUCGCGCUGCCCGCGGACAUACCCUCGGGUGAAUUCUUCGGGUGAUCGUACGAUUCGCGAACUCGCGUCGGUACCAAGUGGCGUGCGAGAGAACGAAAGAGAGAGAGAGAGAGAGAGAGAGAGAACGAGAGGGAGAGAGGUGGCGUGUGUGCGAGAGAGAGAAAGAGAGAGUGAGAGAGUGAGCGAGCGAGACACAGCCGCGCGAGAGAGGAGCGCGUACGCUCUCCCUCCCCGCCCGCGUCCCUCGCGCGCGCGGUGCACCGCGCGCGCCGUCCGUCCACCUUUCGCGUUGCCGCGAGAGUGCACGGGGAUAAAAUGGCGCUUGCUUUCGUCCGUGCACCUCUAUCGACCGUGACGGACUGUUCGGCGGAGUCGCGUCGGCCCUUCCGCUCGCCGCGGCCCUUCUGAGGGAGCCAGACCACCGAGACGUUCCCCGUGCGUCGUCGUACCCCGUCGCGUUUCCGACGACGGCGACGCCGCUGCGGCCCGUCGUGCCCCUUUCUUCCGCCGUGUGGUGACCGGGUUGUGUGUGCACAAGUGUCGGAGCAAGCUGCAUCUCGUCGCUGGAGCCUGCCGCGACCUCGGAGCGCGCGGAGACGGCGAAUCCGGAGCGAGUGAGUUCCAGACGCAGCAACUAGUAAAAUUCAACAGCCAUAGAAAGCCAUGUAACAAGCAAAGAAGAAGAAGAAAAAUCGAUCUCUUUCUGUGAUAUAAACUAUUGGACAAGGUUGUAUUUAUAACGCUAUCAUUCAAUCGUCACGAGAAAUAUCGUGGGGAGCGUGAUAUCAUCACUGCCGCGUGCGCGUCGGAAGAAUUCCGAAGAUAUAAAUAAGAGCGAUAUAAGCUGGAGCAUAAGCGGGCAGUGGCAGCCGCUGAGGAAGAAGGCGGAGGUGGUGGUGGUGUCGACGAAGAGGGCGGUGGAGGAAUUUGGCGGCGGUGGCGAUCGGUGGCUGCACGUCGUCGUCGUCGGCUGCCGUGACGCGCAAGACGACGACGCGAGGCGACGCGCAAGAGGAGGAGGCAUGAGGAGGCGAGAGUGACGACGCUGCACACGGUGUGUGCUGCAUCCUCUCGCACGGAUCGUGAGAGGACCGGCGGCGGCCGUCCACCGCGGCGGCAGUCGGGCCGUCCACAUGGCGAUAAGAAUGGUCCCCUUCAAUAUGGCGGGCGUAGCAGGCUUCCUAGCCACCUGCGCCGCCGUUACUGCCCGCCUUCUGCCGUUGCUGCUGUUGCUAAUCUACCCGCGAGGGAUCCCGGCGGAACAAGUUAUUCUCUUGGACACGACAACGGAGGAGAAACUCGACUGGACGAGAUAUCCGUUCGGGCCUCAAGCUAACACUCCUGGCUGGGUCGAGGAGUCUUUUACGAACUUCGACAAAGGUAUCAAUUGGCGGAGUUACGUUGUAUGCGACGUCGCGUACACCAACGUGAACAAUUGGCUGUGGACACCGUUCAUAGAGAGGGGUCCGGCGAACCGCAUGUACAUAGAAAUCAAUUUUACGACUCGCGACUGUUCGCUAUUCCCCGGGAACGCUCUCAGCUGUAAAGAGACCUUCAGUCUGCUCUACUACGAGUUCGACGCCGCCACCAAGGAACCACCACCGUGGGAGCCGGACAGUUACAAACUUAUUGGUCGUAUAGCGCCGGGCGAGGGUAGAUUUAAUACAAAUACCGAGGUGAUGAUAAACACCGAGGUAAAGUCGAUCCCGGUGACAAAGAAAGGCGUCUACUUUGCCUUUCGUGAUCAGGGCGCCUGCAUAUCGAUCCUGGCCAUCAAGGUAUAUUACAUCAGCUGUCCCGAGAUCGUGGUAAACUUCGCCCAUUUCCCGGCCACGCCGACCGGUCGCGAGGUUGCGCUCAUCGAGCAGACGCGUGGCGUUUGUGUCGCGAACGCCGUCAAAAUCUCCCAGCCGACUUUCCUCUGCAAGGGUGAUGGCAAAUGGUAUCUCGCGUCGGGCGGAUGCCACUGCAAGCCCGGCUACCAGCCUGACGAGUCGAAGCAGGAGUGCAAGGAGUGCCCGAUAGGCAAGUUCAAGCACGAGGCGGGCCUGAACUCCUGCGAGCCAUGCCCGGAGCACAGCAAAGCCCCCGAUUAUGGCUUCUCGGAGUGUCGUUGCGAUCCGGGCUAUUAUCGGGCGGAAAAGGAUCCCAAGAGAAUGCCUUGCACGCAACCACCUUCGGCGCCGCAAAACCUGACCGUCAACUUUGUCGAUCAGUCCACGGUGAUCCUUUCCUGGAACGCGCCACAUAUGCAGGGCGGCAGGUCCGACACGACUUACAGAGUGGACUGCGAUUCCUGCAGUAUGGGCGUCAAAUACAUUCCCAAUACCGAGAUCUUCAACGACACGAAGAUCACGAUAACCGGCCUGAACGCAGUGACCACUUAUCGCUUCCAAGUGUUCGCUGAGAACGGCGUAUCGUCAUUGGUCGGCAAAUCGGAAUACGUAGACAUUACCGUUACGACGGAGGCGAGCGUGCCGAGUCUAGUGAGCAACGUCAGGAUCACGAGCGUCAAAAGCUCGGAGCUCAGCAUCAGUUGGGACGCGCCGGACAUCGAAGCCGCCGGCGACAACGAUCUUGUCGAGCGAUACGAAGUGAGGUGUUACCCGCGCUACGACGACGCCACUAAUGCAACCGUCAUUCAAACGUCCGAGCUGUCCGCCACGUUCAAAGGUCUCAAGCCUUCCACGGAUUACGCGAUACAGGUUCGCGCCAAGACCACCCGCGGCUGGGGCGAGUACACGCCGGUGAUAUUUAAAAAGACACCCCACGCGAUGGGACUAGACUACGUCGGCGAGGACGACAACAUGCAAGUUAGGAUAAUCGCAGGAGCGAUCGUUGCUGUGGUCGUACUUCUCGUGAUUAUUAUCAUCAUGACCGUUCUGAUCCUUAGAAGCAGGGCCUCGGACGAGUGCAACAAGAAACAACCGAGUGACUGCGACACUCUGGAGUACAGAAACGGCGAAGGACUAGUUGUGACCUACAUGCACUGCAAAAUGGACAGUUCACCGAUUGUGACAACCCAUACCAACAACAAGAGCAAGUCCUCGCUGACCACGCCGCUGUUCACACCUGCAGUGGGGGUCGCCGCGGCGGGCGCAGGCGGCGCAGGCGGUGCAGGUGCAAGAAGUUACGUAGAUCCUCACACUUACGAGGAUCCGAAUCAGGCGGUACGCGAAUUCGCCAGGGAGAUAGAUGCCGGAUAUAUCACGAUAGAAGCCAUCAUAGGUGGCGGUGAGUUCGGCGAUGUCUGCCGAGGGAAGUUGAAAUUGCCUCCCGACGGACGGACGGAAAUAGACGUGGCCAUAAAGACCCUGAAGCCGGGCUCUGCGGACAAGGCCCGUAACGACUUCCUGACGGAGGCGUCGAUAAUGGGUCAGUUCGAGCACCCCAACGUGAUAUUUUUGCAAGGCGUCGUGACGAAGAGCAAUCCGGUGAUGAUCAUCACGGAGUUCAUGGAGAACGGUAGCCUUGAUACCUUCCUGCGCGCGAACGACGGCAAAUUUCAAGUGCUCCAGCUGGUGGGCAUGCUGCGCGGUAUCGCGAGUGGCAUGCAGUACCUCGCGGAGAUGAAUUACGUGCACCGUGAUCUCGCAGCGAGGAACGUAUUAGUCAAUGCCGCCCUGGUUUGCAAGAUCGCCGACUUUGGACUUAGUAGAGAGAUCGAGAGUGCCACAGAGGGAGCUUACACAACCAGGGGAGGCAAAAUUCCGGUACGGUGGACGGCACCGGAGGCGAUAGCGUUCCGUAAAUUCACGAGCGCCUCCGAUGUUUGGAGCAUGGGUAUCGUAUGCUGGGAGGUGAUGUCGUACGGCGAAAGGCCGUACUGGAAUUGGUCGAAUCAAGAUGUGAUAAAAUCGAUCGAGAAGGGCUACAGGCUUCCAGCGCCGAUGGAUUGUCCGGAGGCUAUCUAUCAGCUAAUGCUCGAUUGCUGGCAAAAAGAGCGCACUCAUCGGCCGACUUUCGCCAAUCUCACGCAGACCUUGGACAAGCUCAUACGAAGUCCGGACACGCUGAGGAAAAUCGCUCAGAACAGCGUGAGGCCGCCUGCACACAAUCCGUACUAUGUCACAAGUCAUACGGCUGCCGCCCAGGCUGCGGCGGCGGCGGCUGCGAUGCCACCAGGCCUGGCCGCGAGCACGGCGAGCCCGUUCGUAGACAUAGUCGGCCAUCAGGCCCAUCAACAAGCCCAGUCAGCGAUUGCCGUUCCAGUAAUGCCACCAGGAGCCGGCCGUAGCUUACACUAUCACACACACGCAGCGACACACGCAUUGCCACAUCAACAACCACCCCUCACCUAUCCCAACUGGGUCCCAUUCUCUCAUUUCGGCUGAGAAUGCGGUUACGCUUGAAUUAGAAACGAGUAAAAGCGUUGUCAUUAUCAUUGUCAUCAUCUCCGCCCGUCUUUCUAGUAAUCAGAAUUAACGCCUGGCAUUUAAACCGGACGUAAUCUCAAAAGACUGCAUUCUAUAUAUCGUUACAAUAUUCGCAUUAUCUUUUUACGAUCGCGCUAGUCGUAGAGAAAUCGUAGGCGCUCUUCCAGCGAAAUAAUAGAAAAUAGUAUAAUCCAAGUCGUGUCGGAUGGAAUAGUAGAUGUGACGAAUAUAGAGACACAAUCCAGCCGAUGAUAUUAUCGGAGUGCUAUAGACCAUAUGUACAAGAGUAGUACCGUCGAAAGAAAACUCUCCUUUCCAGUCUUUUUAUUACGAAAUUAUCGAUAAACGCGUGGAUGUAACGUAGCUAUAUAUGUUAGACGAUGCAGAGAAUUUCUCUACGUUGAACUGUAAGCAAUAAACUUUAUCGUACAGAGUUAGUGUAUAUUAUCGAUCGAAACGAUUGACACGAGAUAUAUAAAUCGAGAAUUUAAGAGUGUUUCCAAAUUUUAUAAAGGAUAACUUCAAUCAUCGAAUAGCAAUAUAGGUUCAAUCGCGAGCUUAGAAAUAAAAGGCGAUUAAACGUGUGCGUAAAAGCAGCUAGAGUCUUUCAGAUGUUUUCAUAAUUCUAUAUUAGCGGCCAUAGCUUUCAUUGAUAUACGUAAUAAAGAAAAAGAAGAUAUAUAUACACAUACACGCACAUACAUACACACACAUGCGUACAUACAAAAUCACACACAUACACUUACAGAGGGUGUCUCGAAAAUAAUGCCACUCCUUUCGGUUGCAAAUUCUUCGAUCAAUUUAGACUCGACACGGUUUUCGAUAAAAAAAAGUCGCCUGCAAAUUGCUCAAAAGAACAGCCAUAGUCUUACGACACCCCGUACAACAUUUAUAUUAUAAAUUGAUAUAAGUACUUAUUGUGUAAUUUAUUAAAGCCAUCGAUUUUAUCUUAGCAAAAGCUACAGAGAUUUAUUAGCAUAUGUACAGCACGCGUGCAACCGGUUGACCAUUUUAGAAUAGUAUUUUUAUACGUAAUAUAUUAAACGAAAGACGAUAAUAAAAAUAUAAUUAACAAUUAACGGUGUUAGGUCAUAUUUCUGCAUCAAUGAAUCCAUCUUGAUAUCGUAAUCAUAAAUUCUAAAAUAUUCAUAGAAUAAUAAAGUAAUGACACGCCAUUCUAAAAAAAAAUUACUGUUUUACGUAAUUUGAUUGCAAAAUUUUCUAUUUGAACUAUUUCUCUCUAUGUCGACUACAAAUGUUACAUUAAAUACUCGUCGCAGGCCGGAGGUGAGGUAUUUAUUCAAUAACAGAAAAACGGUUUGCCAAAAUUCUUUCGUAGUUGUGUUUAAGUAUUAAUCGCAUAAUUUAUUUUAUUUUAAUUUUUUUACUUGUGAAAUCGAAUAUGUAAGCUGUUAUUUAUACAAAAAAUUUUAAAUUAUUCAGUACCGUUAAUAAAAGAUAACGUGUAAAUACUUGCAUCGAUACGCGCGCGAACGAAUAGGAAAGAGAAUAAAAUUCGAGAAUCAAAGCCAGAUAGGAAACUAGCUUGCAGAUAGAAACACACACCUAAUAUGACCUCCAUCGCACUAACAAAUGCUAACAAUUAUCAGAAUCAGGGAAAAGAGUGUUCCACCCUCAUCCUCACCCGCCUCAUCGGAAACUUGCAACGUGCAUUUGAGAACCAGGUAAAGAAAAAAAAAGAAAAGAGAGAGUCAGAAGCGGCAUUCCCACAUACACGUCGAAUCCUUUUUGUGGAUGAGAAAAUAAAAGAAAGAAGCGCAGAAGAAUCGCAAAGCGCAAUCGUUUCUGCUUUCGUCCAGUGGCCUAGAUAACACAGAGUUCGCCCUUUAACAUUUCGACAAUUCGAUUAUGCUGACUGUGCUUUUACGUUCUCUCUGCUUCUUUGAGCGAUAACGAAAUAUCACCGCCACGUAGACUGCAAUCUCGCUGCUUAGUAAACCUCUUAGUUUGUGUUGCACUGCUUGCCUUUAUACGCACCGGAAGUCCUCUCACGUGUACACCUGAACUAUAAACCAUAUAUCACUAACAUGUUACAUAUGAUACAUCCACUCUCGUCAACAGUACUAUUGUUUGUAAUUAGCGGUAUUACCAUCCUCAUUAUUGUCAUCACAUCGUCAUUGUGUCGUCGUUAUUAGCAUUCGUAUUACCAUUAUUAGUAUUUGUAUUAUUUUUAUUGCGGUAUUUAUCUUAUUAUUAUACAUAUUAUUAUAUUAUAUUUUAUUUAUAUUAUAAUUAAUUUUAUUUUUAUUCUUAUUUUUAGCGAAUAUUUUAUCGAAACGAAAAGAGAUUGUAGAAAAAUUGUACGUAUGCAUCGGUAUUUAAGUUUCAUAACGCUUGUACAUAUAACUUGUACAAAAAACUACAAAAACCUAUCGAAUUAAUCGUAUACGCUGACAUCGGUUAUACUCAUUUUCUAAAAUGUAUAAUUCGUAAUUUAUAAUUUAUAUAAGGCCGAUAAAUAUUAAAUAUAUAUCCAUCCAAAAAUGACUUAGAAGCCAACUGUGUAUAUUUAAAUAACCAUUUUUUACAUAAGGCCCGUUUUAUAUGUUCUAUUCCUCAGAAAUUUGUAAAAUAAAUUAUAUCAACUGAAUAA